GAAAGUGGCUGGAAGGAGGCCUAGACAAUUGGGCAAGUGGGUUGCUAGUUGGUGAGGUGGGCCAGCUGUAUGACAGCAGUAUUGUGGGCUGUCAACUGCUCAGUUCCCACUGGAUUUAGGCAGCCAAGUUGGCUGCCAUCUUUCCAAUAAAUAGGUUCAUUUAAGAGAAGAGAGCGGGUACAUAUGGCACCAAGGAGGUGCAUCUGGAAAUUUGUGAGAGAAUUCAAGUCAAGGUGGAGAUUUGUUGGAAUGCCUUGAAUUCUAACCUAUUUGACUAGUCAACAAUGGCUGCACCUGUCUGGAAAGUGGCUGGAAGGAGGCCUAGACAAUUGGGCAAGUGGGUUGCUAGUUGGUGAGAGUUGAGAUGUCUUUACUACUGGCCAUUCUCCUCCUCACCCAGAGCUGUUCAAGUUUCUCCUCUUCAGCUGCCCCUGCUCCUGCUACCGGAGGCAAUGAGGUUGAAGUGAAUCCAACCUUCGUAACUAUCGAUGAUGGGGCUGUGUGUUUGACUGGAGCACCAGCGGCUUAUUAUUUUUUCAAAGGUUUUGGCAACGGCACCAGAAAUUGGCUCAUUUAUCUCAAUGGGGGAGGAUGGUGCAAAAACAUUACGGACUGCGAACAGUAUAUUGAUUACAAAGGUGGUGCUUGGCCGCUUCCUACUCCUGUUGCUGAUUCCACUAUCAUGUUAACAAAUACCAAUGAAGAUGAAAAUCCAGAAUUCUAUAACUGGAACAAGGUUUCGGUGAGGUACUGCGAUGCUUCCUCGUUCACUGGGAACUCUCAGAUCACAAUAACAAAUGGCACUACCUAUUACUUUAGGGGUGCCAGGAUCUUCAAAGCUAUUACCCAAGAAUUAUUGGCCAAAGGAAUGGGAAAUGCAGAGAAUGCUCUUCUAGUGGACAGCGGAUAUUUUUUCCCUUCGAAACGACACAGUCGGGAGAGCAAAUUUGUACCCAUCUUUGAGGGAUUAGUUGAUAUGCAUGGAUCCACACCCGCUUUGCCGAAAUCUUGUACUUCGAGACUACCUGCGGCUUUGUGUUUUUUUCCACAAAAUUUGCAAGGAGACAUCCGCACUCCUAUCUUCUUUCUCAUGUCAGCAUUUGAUACUGUCCAGAUCAAUUAUACGUUGUCAAAUGAGGAUGCGGUUUGUGCGACAAAGGGAAAUUGCACCUCAAGUCAAAUGAAAGCCCUGCAAGAGCUUAGGUUAGAGUUGUUGGACGUGUGGCCAAAUGAAAGGAACAAAUCACUCAAAGGACUUUUAGUUUACUCUCCCAAUAGUCAUUGUCUCCUCUUGGGCUCUGGUUGGAAUAAUCUUGCACCCGGAGGAACCAAACAGACAAUAAUAAUAGUAUUACUUGUGGUAGUAUUGGUUGUGGUAGUGUUUCAUUAUUAGUCAGCUUCCUAAUCCUAUUUGUGGUAGAUGUUGUAUGUUAGUUAGUUUCUAUUCUAUAUUCCUAGUUGUACAAUAAUAAUAGUAUUACUUGUGGUAGUAUUGGUUGUGGUAGUGUUUCAUUAUUAGUCAGCUUCCUAAUCCUAUUUGUGGUAGAUGUUGUAUGUUAGUUAGUUUCUAUUCUAUAUUCCUAGUUGUGUUAGGAGUCUCUCCUAUAUAUACUCUAUCAUGUACUUCAUAAUUCAAGAGAGCAAUAUUAUUAUUCCAAUA